CUUCCAGGAAAUACUAAGGGUCUGUUUUGGUUUCGCAGCGGGACAGUGAAACACUUUAUGGACUAAACAUCCCAGCAAGACGUUUGGUUUAAAUAUUACCGCGACAGUUCGACGUGUUCCUGCUCAGAAAACACAUCUGACGACGUUCGAGCCGGUCCCCUCAGAGAACUUUCCAGUUUCCAUGGCGCCACCGAAAAAGAAUGUGCUUCCAAAUCCUCUCCCAGAGGGAUUCGUACUGACAGACAGCGAGAAAAAGAAAUGGAGGCUGGGGAAUGUCAUCGGUCAGGGUGGCUGUGGACUGAUUUAUCUUGCCUCUCUGGGUGUUGGCAGGCCUGCCACAGCAGACACUGACUUUGUCAUAAAACUGGAGUACCAUGAGAAUGGUCCCCUGUUCUCGGAGCUCAAGUUCUACCAAAGGGCAGCCAAAGCAGAGAGCAUGCAAAAAUGGAUGUGCAGGAGGAAAUUGGACUUCCUGGGCAUCCCGACCUACUGGGGAUCAGGACUGGCUGAAUAUAAUAACCUCAGGUAUCGCUUCAUGGUCAUGGACCGACUCGGCACUGACCUCCAGAAAGUCUGCGAUCGCAAUGCAGGUAGACUGAAAAAGGCCACUGUGCUCCAGCUUGGUCUAGGACUGGUGGAUGUACUGGAGUAUAUCCAUGAGAAUGAGUAUGUCCAUGCAGACAUUAAAGCUGCCAACCUCAUGCAGGGCUACAAGGACCCUGAUAAGAUCUACCUUGCAGACUAUGGGCUGUCCUUCAGAUACUCCCCUGAGGGAGUCCACAAAGAAUACAAGGAAAACCCCAAGAAGGGCCACAAUGGAACCAUCGAGUACACCAGCCUUGAUGCCCACAAAGGGACUGCCCCAUCUAGACGUGGUGACCUCCAGAUUUUGGGGUUUUGUCUUCUUCACUGGUUGUGUGGGUCUCUGCCUUGGGACAGCGUUCUGAAGAAUGCAGCUCAGGUCCAGGAGGCUAAGACCAGACUGAUGGAUAAUCUGCCACGCUCAGUCCAGCAGCUGUCAGUGAACAGAACCAACACAGAUGAGGUGGCUGCAUUCCUUCUUUAUGUCAAAACUCUGGGUUACCAGGAUAAACCAGACUACAAGCACGCCAAAGACCUGUUGGCCGGUGCUGCCGGGGGAAGACUUGACUUCUCCAUGCCUGAAUGUCCAGCAACGGCAUCAUCCGCAAGGGUAGUAGAUCCUGGCACCAGGGAAAAGCAGAAAGCAGGACGAGCCAGAGGAGCCUCCAAAGCCAAGCCCGUGGCUACAGUGACGGAUGAAGAGGGUAUGAAGUCUAAACCAGUGCCGGCUCAAUACAGAAGAGGACCAGUCGUCUCUAAAACUCAGUCCCAGAAGGACGAGGUAUUGCCUGCUGUCAGAAGAUCACUGAGGCCAAGGACUGAACCUGUAAACACUUAUAAAGAUGAUAGUGAAGAUGAAGAGGAGGAUGAAGAGGAGGAUGAAGACGUUUCCAGACCCAGACCCAUUUCUGCAUGUUAUCUCCGAGGCCCUCCCAUAGGCUCCAGAACUAAACAGGUGUGAGGACAGUGUGGAAGAGCAGCCAGGGUUUUUUUUUUCACAGUAUAUUUAAUUUGAAAAAUGUAUUAACACUGUUUUGGUUGAAUCUGUCCAAAGAAUAGUACAAAAAUGUUUUAGAGAUAUAUAGAGUGAAACACUUCCUGUCGUUCUCAAGAAAUAAAUAAAAGCAUACAACAGUAUUUCUUUCACAACUUUAUUCGAACAUAUUCACACAACACAGUAGAACAGACCCUGUCCUUGUCAGAUGUCAAAGAGCAAACACUGAAUCAUUCUCUUUAACAGAACGAAAAAGGAAAAAGGACCUCCAGGAAAAGAAACAAUCCGACUGCAACCUCAGCGAGACGGGAGCGAGGAGUCCACUCCCAACUAAAACAACAAAUAAUACCUGGUUGUGACAGUAAGAGCCAAGCACACGGCACCUGCAGGGGGGGGUGGGAUGAAACGCUGCACAGCCACCGAGCAGACGGCAGCCAUCAGCGGUGGUGGGACAGCGA